ACAUUCAUUUACAGGGUUUCUUGUGGUAAAUAGUCGCAUCAUUUAAAGAUGGCUGCGCUCAUGGACAACCUCAUGUCAACAGUUUUACUUAACUUUUCAGAGUGUUCCAGAAAGCCGGAGGAGUUUUUAAAUGUGCAGCCUCAAGCUUUCACCAAAUUUCGGGAGAUCACAAAGUCUGUGUAUGACUCUAGUAAGUCAGAAGACACGGGGAAACUGGAAAGUGAUUCAGCUCUACCAGAACUGAUAGUGGAAAACUUUGAUAAUGAACAGAUAUGGCAACAAAUAGAAUUACAAAACAAUGGAGUGAUUGACAACUUAUUAUCAAAAAUCAGCAGUGUAGUGACAGCCCAAGAUAAACUCAGUCUGAGAACCAAGUCAGACCAAAGCGAUCCAGGCGGCAAGAAAAAAGUUCGAUUUCACAACAAGGACUCAGGAAAUGAUGAGAGUGAGGAAGAAGGCACAGAUGUUGAGGUGGAAAAGAUAAAGAGUCGACUGAUCGAUGAGGAGGAGGAUAGUGACAGCAGUAAGGAGAUGAUUUUCAAAGGCAAUAAUGUGUUGGACAUUGAAAGUGAUGAUGAGGACAGUGAAAUUGACUUCAAAUUUCCUAAGUUAGAACCUCCACCCCCUGAUGAAGAGGAAUCAGAGACUGAUGAUGAAAACCUGAUCAAGAAAGAGACGCGUAAACACCAAGGACAGGAAGUGAAUAAGAAGAGGCGGCCCGCCAGUGUGGUCGACGACAAGUUCUUCAAAUUAGCGGACAUGGAGGCGUUUCUGGAACAGGAGGAUGCGAGAGAGGAGAGGAGGAUAAGGGGAGAGGACAGCGAUGAAGACGAUGAGGACAUCGACUUGUUCGCCGACAUUCCGUCAGAUGAUGAGGAGGAUGGAGAGAGUGGAAGAAAAGUUCACUAUGAAGACUUCUUUGAUCCUCCAGAAGAGGAAUCUGGGAAAAAAGAAAAAAAGUUCAAACAAUCUAAGAGAUCAAGUGGAGAGGAUGAAGACCAGGAAGAAGAAGAGGAGGAUGAGGAGGAGAAAAUGUUUGAAGAGGAAGAAAUGGAAGAGGGAGAUGAUGAUGAGGUCGAAGAAGAUGAGAUGGAAGACGAUAGUCCAAUAAAAAGAAGAGAUCUUUUAGACUCUGACAGUGAAGGGGAGGAUCCAGACGAGGUGUUGGGCCGAAAACCACAGGAAAAGUCAACAUUUGAGAAACAGCAAGACAAGCUGAGAGAAAAGAUAUCUAAACUGGAGGCAGCCAGCCUAGCAGAAAAACAAUGGCAGAUGUCAGGAGAGAUAGGGGCCACAAGUCGACCAGAGAAUAGCUUGUUAGAGGAACACUUGAUGUACGACCAGACGGUCAGACUGGCCCCUGUAAUAACCGAGGAGACCACCCAAACCUUGGAAUCCAUCAUCAUACAGAGAAUCAAAGACAAGGCCUUUGAUGAUGUGGAGCGAAAAGUGAAACCUAAAGAAAAUCCGAUUGAAUACAAGAAAAGGAUUGUGUUGGACCAGGAGAAAAGCAAGCUUAGUCUGGGGGAGGUGUAUGAACAGGAGUAUGUCAAACAACAGAAGGAAGAUGAGGAGGAGAAGACAGACCCGGAACACGAACAGAUCAAGUCCAUGAUGCAGUCCCUCCUCAUCAAACUGGACGCCCUGUCAAACUUCCAGUACACACCCAAACCCGUGGCUCCGGAGGUGAAGAUCGUUACAAAUCUGCCCUCUAUCAUGAUGGAAGAGGUGGCUCCUGUAACCCAUGGCGAUGGAACAUUGCUGGCUCCGGAGGAAAUCAAGGAUAAAAGAAAAGGUGAACUAAAAGGCAAAACAGAACGCACAGAGACCGACAGGAAGUCGGAGCGGCGGACGAAGAAGGCCGAGAAACGGAAACGACACAGGGAGAAGAAGAAGCGGCAAGCCCUGGUGGAGAAACUGAACCCCGGCCUGGGGAACAAGUACAGCAAGGAAAAGGCCGUCAAAGAACUGGAGAAAAGCAGCAAAGCAGGGUCAGGGGUUACCGUGCUCAAGGAAGACAAGCACUCGACCAAUCAGAAACUCACCUCCUCCCGGACAUUCUUCACGCAGCUCCAGGAGGACGCGCAGUCACAGAUCAAAAAACGGAAGACAGACUCCACCAGUAAAAAGACUGUACAAAAGUCAGCGAAAAUAUAUAAAUUAUGAUUUCAUU